UAGCAUCAUAAUAUGAUGAAUCAUCCGGCCAGAGGGCGAGGCAAUCCAAAUGAAAGCAAUGCCUAUCAUGUCCAUAACAAUAGCAACGAAAGCUCGUCAUCUGCAAACAAUACACCGGCCUUGAGGCCCCAUACAGGAGGGGAUAUCCGAUGGGAAGCAAUACAUUCCAUUAUUGCAAGGGAUCGACAAAUAGGGAUUAGCCAUUUCAGACUAUUGAAGAGACUCGGGUAUGGAGAUAUAGGGAGCGUGUAUCUUGUUGAACUUAAUGGGACAAACACCUUCUUUGCCAUGAAAAUUAUGGACAAGGCUUCAUUAGCUAGUCGAAACAAGAUUUUACGAGCUCAAACUGAAAGGGAGAUUCUUGGUCUUCUUGAUCACCCAUUUUUGCCUACUCUUUAUUCUUACUUUGAGACGGACAAACACUAUUGCUUGGUUAUGGAAUUCUGCAGCGGUGGAAACCUCCAUGCGCUUAGACAAAAGCAACCCACAAAGCAUUUUACAGAAGAAGCAACAAGGUUCUUUGCAUCACAAGUAUUAUUGGCACUUGAAUACCUACACAUGUUAGGGAUCGUAUACCGGGAUCUAAAACCAGAAAAUGUACUUGUUAGAGAUGAAGGUCAUAUCAUGCUCUCGGAUUUUGACCUUUCCCUUCGUUGCUCCGUCAACCCAACUCUAGUCAAGUCAUCGUCAACACACAGUAUCAACAAUCUAGGUGCCAAUGGUGGAGGCGGUAAUGGAGGGAGUGGGCAUGGUGGUACUCAUACGGAUGAUGACAAUGUCGUGCAUACUAGUAGUAAUCAAGCAUCAAACUUUUUCCCAAGAAUCUUGCCUUCAAAGAAAAACCGAAAAUCAAAAUCAGAUUUUGGCGUUCUCGUUGGAGGACCACUGCCUGAGCUAAUGGCUGAACCGACUAACGUGAAGUCAAUGUCAUUUGUUGGCACCCAUGAGUAUUUAGCCCCUGAAAUCAUACGUGGAGAAGGUCAUGGGAGCGCAGUAGAUUGGUGGACAUUUGGUAUAUUUUUAUACGAGUUAUUACAUGGGACUACACCAUUCAAAGGACAAGGGAAUAAGGCUACAUUAUUUAACGUAGUUGGGCAACCAUUAAGGUUUCCUGAAAGUCCCCAAAUAAGCCACAACGCUCGUGAUCUGAUAAAGGGUUUGUUGGUAAAGGAACCUCAGAAGAGAAUUGCAUAUAGAAGAGGUGCAACGGAGAUUAAGCAACAUCCGUUUUUUGAAGGUGUGAACUGGGCACUUGUAAGGAGUGCUCAUCCACCACAUGUACCUGAACCUAUUGAUUUCAGCCAAUUCGCAAGUAAAGACAGAAGCCAUUCAGCUGAAAAGAAGGUGUCUGGGAAUAAAAAGAGUAGUUCUAAUGAUCCUUAUGGAAACUUUGAGUAUUUCUAGUAAUCGCUACAAGAGGAUUAUACAAAUGAAUACCAA